AUGCACAAUUGGCUUAGAACAGGACGGUUGUUGGCCAAAACAACAAGUAAUAAUAUUGAUGAGACUGUGGCGUCUUCAUCAACAAAUAAUAAUAUUGAUGAGACUGUGGCGUCUUCAUCAACAAUAGAAUCUCAACAAGUUAUAUUGAAAGAUGUUAUUCCUAGUUGUUCGAUUACUAAUGUCAUGGAAAAUAAUUCUCAUAGUAAUAUUUCGGAAAAAAGUAUAGUUGUACCUGAAAUUAUUGAGUUAAAACCUUCAAAAAAGAGAAAAUACGAUGAAUCCUACCUUCAAUUUGGAUUUAUUCCUGUUGGUACUGCAAAAAGACCUGAUGGACAAUGUGUUAUUUGUAAUGUAAUUCUUCAGAACAGUUCUUUGGCACCUGCAAAACUUAAACGACACCUCGAAACCAACCAUCCAAAUUUGAUGAACAAGGAAAUGGGCUAUUUUAAAAAACGUAAAGAAGAACAUAAUAGCAGCUUGUCUGCCUUACAUAAAUACGCGAAAAACGACAGUGAAAAUGCAACAGAAGCAUCAUUUAUUUUGAGUUACAGCAUUGCUCGUGCUGGUAAACCACAUACAAUUGCUGAGUCUCUAAUUAAACCAUGUAUGACUGAAAUAGUUCGCUGCAUGAUUGGAGAAGAGGCUGCUAAGAAAAUUGCAACUGUUCAAUGCUCCAACAACACUAUAUCUGAUCGGAUACAUAAAAUAUCGGACCAUAUUGAAGAUCAACUAAUAAACAGGUUGAACAGUUGUAACAUGUUUGCUAUUCAACUUGACGAAAGUACUGACGUUGCUGGACUUUCAAUACUGCUUGUUUUCGUGAGGUAUAUUUUUGAAACAUCUAUCGAAGAAGAUUUAUUGCUCUGUACUCCUUUGGACACAAAUACCACAGGUGAAGAAAUUUUUAAAGUCAUCGAUAGUUAUAUGAAUAAACAUCAGGUUGAUUGGGUUAAAUGUAUCGAUGUAUGUAGUGAUGGAGCUGCAGCUAUGGUUGGAAAAAUUAAAGGAACCGUGACAAGAAUAAAAAAUGUCGCACCAAAAUGUCACAGUAGUCAUUGCGUUUUACAUCGCCACGCUCUUGUUAGUAAGAAAAUGCCAUUGGAGUUAAAACAAGUUCUUAACGAGGCUGUAUGUAUUGUAAACUAUAUUAAGAGUCGUCCACUCCAGUCUAGACUUUUUAAAAAAGUAUGUGAAGAAAUGGGUAGUCAGCAUUAUUCACUUCUUCUUCACACUGAAGUCAGAUGGCUUUCAAGAGGAAAGGUUCUAAGUAGGUUGUUUGAACUGCGCGAUGAUUUAAAGAUUUUUUUUUCGGGACAAAAUCUGUCUAUAUCUAUGAGUUAUGUCGAGUUAUUACAUGAUGACCAAUGGCUUAUAAAAUUAGCUUAUCUCGCAGACAUAUUCAGUAAACUGAAUGAAGUUAACAAGUCUUUGCAAGGAAAAACAAUAACAACAUUCGUGGUCAGAGACAAAAAUAUAGCAUUUAGAAACAAACUUAACUUUUGGAUUGCAUGUGUAAAUGAGAAUAAUUUUGAAUGUUUUCCUCUCUUGAUGGAUUUUUUAAAGGAAAACGAAUCGCAGCUAACAACUAAUAUUAAAAAAAUUGUUAUCGAACAUUUGGAAAACCUCGAAAAAUCAUUGUCUCAGUAUUUUCCUGCUACUAAUAAUGACGUUGAUUGGAUACAAAAUCCUUUUGUGAACAAAAAAAAACCUGCAAUGUCAUCCAUGCUCGAAUAUGAGCAGUUAAUUGAAAUUAAAAGCAUGUCACAUUUAAAACAGAAAUUUGAAUCUGGAUCUUUAAACGAAUUUUGGAUUGAACUUAAGGACGAGUACCCAUCUCUAGUUGAAAAAGCUAUUUUUACUCUAUUACCUUUCGAGGUGGAUGUGGUGGUGGUUGGAUGUAGUGGUGGUCGUGGUGGCGACGGCGGCGGCGGUGGAGGCGGUGGUGGAGGCGAUGGUGGUGGCGGUGGCGGUGGCGGAGGUGGCGGUGGCAGUGAUGGGCAAGUUGCUAGGUUUUAA